GCUAUGCUAACCCUGAACACAGCUCACCUGGGCACAACUGCAGAUCCUGUUCUCUCAACAAAUUUGAGCUUUUAAUGUUAUUAAAACAUGGACCGUAAUCAGGAGAAAUGGGAGCUGUCAGUCAUGUAAAAGGCAACGCUAGUGUCAUGCAGUUGUACAUGAUAUAUGAGCAGAUAUAGAUAUGUGGUGUGUUUCUCAGAGCUAGCCGACGUUAGCUUGAUACUGUCGAUCCCCCAAAUCAGGUUGUCAAGUUCUUGGCCUCACACCCUGAAAGUGGAGUUUGAGAGAUCAGCGAUGGAUCUUCAUCAAUAAGUGUUGCUUACUCCACAGUGAUCAUAAAGUGUAUUCACUGUGUAGUUCUGAAUGUUUCAUUGCCAUGGGAUGACUGGAUAGGGAAACUCUGUUUGGUUAAAUGUCCUGCGCAGAGGAAAUAUCUUGAACUAAAUCUAACAGCAGCUACAGUUGCCUCUUUCACUGUCCUCACGUCAGAUCAGUCACACAGCUAUGGGCUUCUGUUCGCCUGUGUGCAAGGUUUUUAGGAGAGGGAAAUAUAUUUUGCUCUUCCUCAUCUCGCUGUCCGUGCUGGCAUGGAUUGCAAAUUUGUCCGGUGAAACCAUAAAGAAUGCUUCGGUUUCAUUUGCCACGCCACAAGCUCUUGUCAAAGGAGAGAGCCUGAGGGAGAAACUGAAUGCUUUGACGGCAACCCCCGAUCGCUUGAUCACUCCAGCAACAAAGGAUGAAUGCCCUCAGGAGUCUCCACUGCUACAGGGAGCUUUGAAGCUGUCCUUUGAAUCCUCUCUGAAACGGAAGGACGUGGAGAGCGAUAACAAAGCAGUGAUUGAAGGCGAGUUCGAGCCCUCGGACUGCACAGCGAGGCAGAGCGUGGCCAUCCUCAUCCCUCAUCGCGGGAGAGAGAAACACCUCCUCUACCUCCUGCACCACCUGCACCCCUUUCUGCAGAGGCAGCAGCUCCACUACGCCAUUUACAUCAUCCAGCAGGCUGGAGAUGUAACUUUUAAUCGUGCCAAGUUACUCAAUGUCGGGUAUUUGGAGGCGCUGAAGGACUUCAGUUGGGACUGCUUCAUCUUCCAUGACGUGGACCUGGUUCCUGAAAACGAUCACAAUUUAUACGUCUGUGACAAGCAGCCCAAACACUUGGUGGUGGGCCGGAACGCCACAGGAUACAAGCUGCGUUACAAAGGCUACUUUGGAGGAGUCACAGCUAUGAACAAAGAGCAGUUUUUCCAAGUGAAUGGUUUCUCAAACAAUUACUGGGGCUGGGGCGGAGAAGAUGAUGACCUCCGCGUCAGGGUGGAGCUGCAGAAAAUGAAGAUUGUGCGCCCCCCCGCUGAUAUAGCUCGCUACACCAUGGUGUUUCACAAACGGGACAGUGGCAACGAAAUAAACAAAGACCGAAUGAGAUUGUUAGGACGUACGCCGCUGGUUUGGAGAAAGGACGGACUCAACAGCUGCACAUAUAAGACAAUGUCCUUGGAGAGGCUCCCUCUAUAUGUGAAUGUUACCGUGGACAUUGGUAAGCCACUGAGUUGAGAUUUCAAACAGGAAGCCGCGCUGUGACCAAAAGAAGAUAUUCAGAUAUAUAUUUGAUGUAGUAUGUUUAGGCCGCUCAGUGCAGAAAGGCUAUAUGUGUGUACAAGACUCCACAUUUAGCACACAAAAUACACAUUGUUUUGAUAAGUUUACACCAUUAAAUUAAAGAUCCCCUAUUAUACUGUUUUUCAUCAAUAUAUUAUAGGUCUCAGAUAUAUACAAAACAUGUCUCUGAAGUGUUU